CUGUGGCUUAUGUAUAGCUUUAGACUAGCUUGGAUUUGUUAGUUUUUAUUCAUUGACUUAAAUGAAUUAAAAUUAAUUUAUUUAAAGAAUAACCUAAAUAAUUUUUUGAAUCAAUAUUGAUUUACUUAUUUUUUUAUUUAUUCACAAUGGAGUGGUUGGGUUCAACUAUUUUGAAAACAAUUUGGAGACCGACUGUAAACAUAGUGAGGACAAGGUAUCACGCUGAUAAAACACGUUUGGUUAGACGGUACGGCUACGAAGAGAAGUUAUGGUGUGGAGGUUUGUUACCUAGAACAGAAGGAAAAGCUCUACCGAUUCCAGAAUACAGACCUGCAAAUGCAUGGACAGAACGUAGGGCACUAUUUGGUCAAAAUGAUUACAUUGAUAUACUUGGGCCUGGUAAUCUUCAUCCUGUAAAAACUCUUUAUAAUAUUCCUUCUUGGAUUAGAGGUGUGAGUGGUCAAGAAUAUCAUAUCUUGCUAAGGAAAAAGAAAAUGUGGGCAAAGACGGGGUCACCUGUGGUAAGGCCGACAAAAUGGAAACAUAUAGAAAAGAGACUUUCAUAUCUUUAUAGAAAAUUAAAUAGGAAAACGAAGACGGGUCCUUCACCAAUCUAAAUAUUAAUGUUGUUAUUAUCUAGGUAGAACAUAUAAUGUUAUUGUAAAUAAUAAACCUGUGUACUUUAAAGUUAUGCUGUUGUUAUUACAAAUAUGUAGAACUCAUAUCAAAUAAUUAUAAAAGUGAAUUUAGAAGUU